CCAAAAUAAUGUGAAACGUACAAAGCAACACGGCUCUCUUGUAAUAAUGUAGGUAAGACAUUCAAAAAAUCGAGAAAUUGGUGAGCAUCCUUCUCUUUCACCUUCCGCCACCGCCUGGUGGUUGGUGACCUCUUCUUCUCCUUCAUUGGCUCAUCAGGAUUAAGGAGGGGGAACUUGGGGCCUAAAAUGGAAACUAGAUCAGAAAAAUUUUCUGUUGAUUUUCUAAUGGGAGGAACAGCAGGCAUUUUUGCAAAAAGUGCUGCAGCACCAAUUGAGCGAGUAAAGCUUUUGUUGCAGAAUCAAGGAGAAUUGAUGAAGAGGGGUCAACUUAAGAGACCAUAUGUGGGAAUUGGUGAUUGCUUUCAAAGAGUUUUGCGAGAGGAGGGUUUUAUGUCAUUGUGGAGGGGAAACCAGGCCAAUGUUAUAAGAUAUUUCCCAACUCAGGCUUCCAACUUUGCUUUCAAAGGUUACUACAAGAACCUCUUUGGAUAUUCAAAAGACAAAGAUGGAUAUGUCAAGUGGUUUGCAGGGAAUGUGGCUUCCGGUAGUGCUGCUGGAGCAACUACAUCCAUUCUCCUUUAUCACUUGGACUAUGCAAGGACUCGGAUGGCGAUGGAUGCUCAGGAUUGUCCACUUAAUGGUAAACGUCAGUUUAAGGGGCUAAUAGAUGUUUAUGGUAAGACAUUGUCAAGUGAUGGAAUUGUUGGUCUCUAUCGGGGUUUUGGGGCCUCAAUCAUGGGAAUAACCCUGUACCGAGGCAUGUACUUUGGGAUCUAUGACUCCAUGAAGCCAAUUGUUUUAGUUGGACCCUUACAGGACAAUUUUCCUGCCAGUUUCAUGUUGGGUUGGAGCAUAACCACUUUCUCUGGGGUGUGUGCCUACCCAUUUGACACAGUCCGCAGAAGAAUGAUGCUAACUUCAGGGCAGGAAACAAAGUAUCGGAAUUCCAUGCAUGCACUCCGCGAAAUUAUACGCCUUGAAGGUUUUGCUGCACUUUUUAGAGGAGUAAGUGCAAACAUGCUUUAUGGUGUGGCAGGGGCCGGAGUACUUGCAGGGUAUGACAAAUUACACCAAAUUGUAUAUAGACCUGCUUACAGUUUUGAGUCUCAGAGAGCCUUCAACAAAUAAGAGCUUUACAUGAAUACUGUAUAUGUGUACAACUCUAUUUGUGAUCCAUGUGGUGGGUGAGUUGUUAACGGAAGCAGAGAUGGCAAGAGUAUUCAUUUCACCAACCGUUGUGAACAAAAGGAGAACAACUACAUGCAGGAUGCUUGCGCACAAAUGUUUUAGCUCUGUGAAUAUGAACUUCAUCACUUGUGCUACUGUAGACUACUCGCUUAGAUGCUGUUGGACCAUUGAACAGAAUAAUGAAGUGCGCAGUGGCAUAUACAAGAGAAAUCAAGGCAGAAGUAAUGAAACAAGUGCCUCCAUCCUGUAUUUUCUGUACAGUCCAUUCCUAACUUUGUUUUCUUUCUUUUUAUACCCCAGACUCCAGGUGGAAUUAACCAUUGAUACUAUAGGCUUUUCUUUUUUCUUUAGAAAAAUAUGUUGAAAGUGCAAAUAGUAGAUCAAUUCACCUGUAUAAAUGCAUUGAUUUUCUUGGUAUAAUAUGAUUGUCAAUAUCUUCACUUUUGUAA